CCUGGCUCGCUUACCGUACGAUCUUGCGCGAAUUGGCGGUGCCGAACCAUAUCUCGCCCACGUCGCCGUGAUCGCGGAAGUUGUCGAGCUCCUGGGCGUACGCGUUCUCCCAGCUGCAAGAGAUACGUCAAGCAAAAGCUACGAGUGAUGCACAAUGAACAUUGUACGACCACGGUAUUUCACGACGAAGGGUUUAUCCCAGCGACUUCAUCAUCGUCGUCGCCGUCGGAGUGCAGCCUCCGCCGCAGCCGCCGCCGUCGUCGCGCUCAUCGUAUCGAACGUGAGUCGCGCGGCGCUGCCUGUCGCCGCGUUAGCUAUAUAAAUGCGCGGCGCCGGCGGGCGCGCUCAGUAUGUGUCAUGCGUUGCGAGUGCGAGCAUCGUCCGUGAUGGCGGCUAGAGUGCGGUUGAAGAUUCGUCGCGGCAUCGGCGUGUCACCGAUCGCCGUUCUGCUUGCGGUGUACGCUAUGUCGAGUCUUGUGAGUGGAAUGUUCGAGCAUCGACACUGCGAUCACCAGCAUCCACGGGCGCACGAGGUAAUCCAUGGCGUGCACAUUGAGCCGGCACACGAAGUAAAGAAACGAAGCAUCAGUCAACCAGUUCGCAUCCUGCUAUCUUACGACGAGAGCGUCUUUAGAUUGGAUGACGAGAAACUGGAUCUCAUUAACAAUACCAUUCUACCCGAGGCCGUGCACUUUUGGGAGCGAGCGUUGAUGGUGCGAGAGACGAAGAGUACCAUUAGAUUGAAUAGGAAAUGCGAGAGUAGUCAAGUUUUCGUCAAGAACCAUCACACACACUGUAUAGAUACUUGUCGCUCUGUUACUAUGUGCGGCGAGGUAGUCGUCCCGGAGGACCAUCUUGACGUCUGCAGAACUUGUAACGCGACAGGACACAAUUGCGAAAUUGCUAAAGGAAGUAAAGCAGGUCCAGGAAUUGAUGGUGCCGAUUUUGUCUUCUAUGUAUCUGCUAUGCAGACUGAGAGAUGUCACAAAGGCUUAACAGUAGCCUAUGCUGCUCAUUGUCAACAGGAAGCUGCUUUAGAUCGGCCGAUAGCUGGCCAUGCCAACCUAUGCCCGGGAAGCAUCAGCACGAAACCGCAAGAAUUGGAAACGUUGCUCAGCACUGUUAAACACGAGAUCCUGCACGCUUUAGGAUUUUCCGUGAGUUUAUACGCUUUCUACAGGGAUGAGAAUGGCGAACCCAGGACGCCCAGAAGAAGCGAUACCGGAAAACCACCCCUUAAUGAAAAGUUACAAACGCACCAAUGGAGCGAGAAUACGAUCAAAACUGUGGUCAGACCUCGCUGGCAAGUGCACGGCGGUUACGUGGAGAGGACCAUGCAAAUGAUAGUCACGCCUCGCGUCCGCGCCGAGGUUCAAGCGCACUUCAAUUGCCCGGAACUUGAGGGUGCGGAAUUGGAGGAUCAGGGCGAGGACGGUACGGCUCUCACGCAUUGGGAGAAGCGCGUGUUUGAGAACGAAGCUAUGACGGGCACACACACGCAAAAUCCAGUUUACUCGAGAAUAACGCUCGCUCUUAUGGAAGAUACUGGUUGGUAUAGCGCCAACUAUUCGAUGGCGCAAGAGCUAGGAUGGGGGAAAAAUCUAGGAUGCAACUUUGCCAUGAAAUCCUGUAAGGAAUGGAUAUCUUCCAAAUCAUCCCCGCUAUCGGGAAAAUCGAUCCAUCCUUUUUGUAACAAAGUGAAGCAGGAUCCGUUGCAAACCGAAUGUACGGACGAUCGAAGUUCAGUGGCCUUGUGUAAUUUAGUAAAACACUCGCAAUCACUGCCCAAGAAAUACCAAAACUUCGAUAAAAUACCUCACGUACCACCCGGAGAGGAACAAUACUACGGCGGUUCGGUAUCUCUGGCGGAUUAUUGUCCUUACAUACAGGAAUUUACGUGGAGGGCAAAGAAUAUAGUAGUCAGGGGUUCUCACUGUCUUUAUGAGGAAAAUAAUCCGCAUCCGGAUAAAAAUUUCGCAUUAGAAAAGUAUGGUCCUCAUUCGAGAUGCUUCGACCACACUAAUGACAUGUGGGAAGAAAGAACUUGCAAGCAAGCGCGACAGUGGCAGCAUUGGGGCUCUGGUUGUUAUUUAUACAAAUGCGACGUCGGCAGAUUGCACAUUAUGGUUGGCAAUUACACUUAUACUUGCUAUCAUGCUGGACAGGAAAUUAUUAUAAGAAUUAUGCAGAAUGGUUGGCUGCAUAAAGGUGCUUUAAUCUGUCCACCUUGCCGAGAUAUUUGUCAAGCGGAAUUUAAAGCACGAGGCGAAUGGUGCAAACCAGGGGAUGAACAUCCACCUUCCACGUAUUAUCACAAAGACUAUCUCCAUUGUGCGUCCGCAAAUAGUUUUAGCCUAAGUGCACCAAUGUUUAUUAUUGUAAUGUUAUCUUUCGUCAUUAGAUGAUACGUUGUUCCCUUUAGUUAAUGUGUUUUAGCAUUACCAAAUCUAGAUCUAAAUCUAGAGAUAUCAUUUGAUGAAUUAUAUGUAUCAUAUUUCGCCAGUCCGAUCUGAAAAUAUUUUAUU